GCAUCUUUCAGAUGAAGGCAUUGAAGCUUGUACAAGUUCUCCUGAAAAAGUCAAUAUUAAUGACAUCAUCCCAAUUGCUCUCAAUACAGACCUGAGAACAAUUGGCAAGAAAUUCCUUCCCAGUGACAUCAAUGGCGGAAAGGUAGAAAAGCUUGAAGGUCCAUGUGUUCUGCAGAUUCAAAAAAUUCGCAAUGUCGCUGCACCCAAGGAUCAUGAAGACUCUCAGGCUGCACCCAGAAUGCUGCGCUUGCAGAUGACUGAUGGUCAUAUAAGUUGCACAGCAGUGGAAUUCAAUUAUAUGUCAAAAAUAAGCCUGAACACACCACCUGGAACUAAAAUUAAGCUCUCGGGCAUUAUCGGCAUACAGAACGGGUUCCUGCUCCUGAAUGACUCCAACACCACCCUUCUUGGGGGUGAAGUGCAGCACCUGAUUGAGAAGUGGGAGUUACAGAGAAGCUUGUCAAAACAUAGUAGAAGCAAUAUUGGAACUGAAGGUGGACCACCUCCGUUUGUGCCUUUUGGACAGAAGUGUGUAUCUCAUGCCCAAGUGGAUAGCAGAGAACUUGAUCGAAGGAAGACACUGCAAGUUACGAUGCCUGCCAAGCCUUCCAACGAUAACGAUGAGUUCGAAAAGCAGAGGACAGCUGCGAUUGCAGAAGUGGCUAAGAGCAAGGAAGUAGGGAAUACCAAGACAUUUGGAGGAGGAGGUGGUGGUGCCAGAAGUAAUCUCAACAUGAGCACUUGUGGGAACCGAAAUCGGGAAGUUUCACAGAAAGAAAAGUCAGCCAAGCCUGAGGGGAGACCUGAAGGUGUCUACAGAGAACUGGUUGAUGAGAAGGCUCUGAAGCACAUAACCGAAAUGGGCUUCAGUAAGGAAGCAUCGAGGCAAGCUCUCAUGGAUAAUGGCAACAACUUAGAGGCCGCAUUGAAUGUGCUUCUCAAUAGCAAUAAACAGAAACCUGUUACGGGUCCGCCUCUGAGAGGGAGAGGAAAAGGCAGGGGCCGAAUAAGAGCUGAGGAUGAUGAAGACCUGGGGAAUGCAAGGCCAUCCGCACCGAGCACGUUAUUUGAUUUCUUAGAGUCUAAGAUGGGAACUUUGAACAUAGAAGAACCUAAACCCCAGCCCCAGCACCUUCAUCAGGGACAACAUAGAUUUUUAAAUGUGGAGCAGAAUGGAGUAAGAGAUAUUAAUCCACCAAGACAUCUUCCUCGAAGUGAUACCAGGCAGCUAAGAAACGAAAAGCCUCCUCGUUUUCAAAGAGAGACCCAGCAUCUGAAGUCCACUUCUGAAGGCAGUGGACUACCUAGAAACAGAGGUUCAGAAAAACCAGCCUGUUCAGUACCUGAAGUGUGGAUCGAAGAGAGAAGCAGGUGUGAUAGACCGCAUUCUCGGUACGAUAGAACUAAAGACACCGCGUACCCUUCGAGUUCCCAGAGCGGCGAGGGUGCUUUUAAACAAAGAGAGAACUCUGUGCAAAGCAGACCAGGAAAAGGGCCGUCCUGUCCCGAGGCAAAAGAAAGCCCACUGCCUCAAGAGUCCAUAGAUUAUAUUCAUCAAAAGCGAGGGAAAAGAGAAAACCAAACAGCAAAUCCUGAUCAUUUUUAUGACAGAAAACCACGGACAAUAAGUAAUGAAGCUUUCAGUGGUGUAAAAAUGGAAAAGCAAUUUAAUAUAAAUACCGACUACCAGACUCCUGUCAGAACUAAUAGUUUCAUUGGUGUUCUAAAUGGAGAGACAGAAAUGCCACUGAAGGGGAGGCGAGUCGGGCCAAUUAAGCCAGCGAGAGCAACCCCGUCUGCUCCCUAUGAUGAGAAAAUGUAUUACAACAGUGGGCCCAGAAGAAGGUCCGGGCCCAUUAAACCAGAAAAAGUUCUGGAAUCCUCUUUUCCUAUGGAGUACACAAAAAUGUGGAAACCUGGAGAUGAAUGUUUUGCACUUUAUUGGGAAGACAACAAGUUUUACCGAGCAGAAGUGGAAGCUCUCCACUCUUCAGGAAUGACAGCAGUAGUUAAAUUCAUUGAUUAUGGAAACUAUGAAGAGGUGUUGCUCAGCAGCAUCAGGCCCGUUCAGACGGAGGCAUGGAAGGCACCUAUGACCAAACGCUGGAGUUCCGCAGAGGAGGUGAUGGCCAGCCAAAGCGAUCCACGCGGCCGACCCAGCAGUUUUACCAACCGCCCCGGGCGCGGAGCGAGCACUGAAAAGAGUCUUCAUGAAGAAUGUAGCAGCUGACUGAAACCUCUGGGUCAAAGCCUGAUGAAAACUCCUCUUCCCCCUUCGGAUUAAGAUGCAGCUGUGGUGGAUGGUAGUAUUUAAAGGAAAGAAAACAAGAAUUCGGAAAAAAUAAAUUAACAUAUACGAAGCAUAGGAGAAUUUAUUGAGUUAAAUAUAGCAAAUACCUUUUACAAAUGAAAAUUUUUUUUCUCCCGCCACCAAUAAAACCAGCGUGCUAUUAUAUAUA